AUGGCUCUCUCUCUACUGCUAAAUGCCCUACAAGAGGGGAAAACACUCUGGAUCAUGUGUAUUCCAACAUCAAGCAUGCGUACAGAGCUGUACCCCUUCCCCACCUGGGCCACAUACACCCCUCUCAGUCGACAAACAAAGCCCACAAAGAAGACAGUCACCACCUGGCCUGAGGACGCCCUCCCCCGACUACAGGACUGCUUCGAAAAUACACAGUGGGAAGCCUUCUAUCACGAAGACCUGGAAAUAUUCACAGAUGCAGUACUGUCCUACAUCAAGUACUGUAUUGGGAAUGUCACUGUUGAAAAGAGGAUCUGGGUGUUCCCAAACCAGAAACCCUGGAUGACGCGCCAGGUCCGUAUGCUCCUCCGGGCCCGUGACUCAGCCUUCAGGUCAGGCGACAGAGCAUUGUACAGCGCUGCUCGUGCCAACCUGAAGAGAGGCAUUAGGACUGCCAAAGGUGAAUAUAAGAGGAGGAUAGAGGAACAUCUAAACAAUCCAAGGCAAGUGUGGCGGGGCAUACAGACCAUCACCAACUACAAAGGCUGUGCUGUGACACCCGGGAACUUGGAUGCGGGACUGGCAGAGGAGCUGAACAGCUUCUUUGCCCGCUUUGAGUGGAAGUGCCCGUCGGGGGGGGCCUCCUGGGCGGCCGCCGGCAGCCCGUCCACCUUAAGCCACGCCUCCUUCACGUUCCGUUCGGCCCAGACCCGGUGCCACCGGUUAUCGUUUAACGGGGCGCCGGACUCCACGCGGACCUCCAGAGGACCGUUCCCCACAUCGAAGGAGAACACCACCUCUCAGCUCGAUGCGGAUGAAGUCCUUGAUUCCCAGGUUUUCCAGGAACACCCCAGAGGAGGCGGUGGUCUUAAACAGGAAGGAGAUGUCCGCGCUCAGCUCGCCGUGGAAGGUGGGGAAGUGCAGGACCAGGGACCUGACCGGGAGGUUUUCUUUGUGGGUCAGGAGGCCCGAGUCCUCGGUCCUGUGGGAAGAUGCAAGAGGGGACAGAUGAGGAAAGAAGUGGCAGAGGAAUAA